CUGCGCGGUUUUUGGCGGCGGAGGCGGCGCGUGUUGGACCGGGUUGGGUAGCUGGGGAGCGAGCCGAGGGGUGGGGAGGGAAGUUCCAACAUGAGGACACGUGUUGGAGGAGACAAGGGCCAUGGGAGAAGCGGACGGAGAUGGAGCCUGAGCGCCCCGAGAGCACCUGGGCGACACAGAGGCUCGAGAAUGGAAGAAAUGGGAGUGACGGCAAGAAGCUUGGAGAAGCUGAGGCGCCGAGAGACGGGGAGGCUGAGAAAGGACGGAAGCCUCAAACUGGGGCGAAGGGGGGCGCAAGGAACUGACGGGGUCCCCCGACAGCGCCUCGUAGAGGCUGCAGAGAAAUGUGGUCGCACCGUGCACUUGGGGGGAGGGUGGGAAAGUAGCGAACAGAAGUAGACUGAGGAAGAGGGCGGUUCAAACGGAGGAACAAGACACUCGACCUUAAAAGUUAUUUUACCGGCCCAAAUGGGUUUAUUUGGGGAUAACCGCGAGUUAAGAUUUGAGACAAGCCAGCUACAGCAAAAACCAUUGGCUAGUACAACAAAAGAGAAGAUAAUUUUCUGGAGAAGGAGGAAGUUGGGAGGGGUUGCUUUGAAUGAAAAGUCGGUUGGAGAAGAGCAAGAGUUCAGGGUGUUGAUGGUUUUUCGUUGGCUGAGUUGCUGGGGUGGUCGCUUUCUUGUAGGAGGUGCAGCUGUACCUCCUUCCCUGUUGGCGCCUGUAAUGGAUGAUUCUUCCCUGUUGCCAAUUCUGUUGGAGACUAUAAUUGACAGUUCUUCCAGUGGCUGACCUCAGGUGGUAGGGCAAGACAGCUUCCCCCAACCCUCUGGCCUCCCAGCUCCAUCUUAGUGAGAUUUCUGUUCAUUAAUGGAGAGAGACUGAUAGAGACGGAGGGAGUGGAAUAGGGAGAACCUGGCAAAAGCUGAUGGAGGGACUGAGAAAGGGGAAGAGCCCACCGAGGGAAAGAGACUUGGAGAGAAAGUGGGAGGUGGGAAGUGAGUGGGAUGGAUGGGAGCUGGGUGAUUAGGGCAGAUCAGUGAAGAGAGCCAUCUGGAGUGUGGAGAAAUGGGGCUCAAUGGAGAGAGGGUGCAUUUGGUAAUCUUGGAGAGCAAAGAGAACUGAAAAGAUAGUGUCGAGUUUAAAAAUGGGGAGAGAAGGGGCGCCUGGGUGGCACAGUGGUUGGGCGUCUGCCUUCGGCUCAGGGCGUGAUCCCGGCUUUGUGGGAUCGAGCCCCACAAUCAGGCUCUUCCGCUAUGAGUGCUUCUUCCUCUCCCACUUCCCCUGCUUGUGUUCCCUCUCUCGCUGGCUGUCUCUAUCUCUGUCAAGUAAAUAAAUGGAAUCUUAAAAAAAAAAAAUGGGGAGAGAAAGCCAGACCACGGAGAAACACUGAGAAGAUGAAUAAGUGGGAGCCUGACUCCCUAGAUUUGAAUUCCCUGCCUCACUGUGUACUUAACCUGUCGUUGGUGCAGUACAAUAGGGAGUGAUAGUAGCACUUUUUUUUUUUAAGAUUUAUUUAUUUUAGAGAAGGGGGAAGGGGCAGAGGGAGAAGGAAAGAGAGAGUCUUCAGCAACGUGGAGCUUGAUCUCACGACCCUGAGAUCAUGACCUGAACUGAAGCCAAGAGACACUUAACUGGCUGCAGCACCCAGGUGCCCCAGAGAAUAGCACCUUCUUAACACAAGGAAAGUGUAGAUGUGUGUAUGUGUGUGGUUGUGCAUGUAAAUAUAUGUGUGUGAUUUAGAAUAGUAACUGACACGUGAAGAGUGCUGUUAUUAAAGUGUCAGAACUGGGAAACGAAAUGUUGGGUGAAGAAAUGGACACGAUUAGUCAUGACGGAGAGGUAGUAAUGGAGACUGGCAAUAGGAAAGAGACAAAAAUGGAGCAUCAGAAAAAACGACUGAACGAGCAAAUAACAUAAAGAACCGACGGGGAAUGGAGAAGGCCGCUUGGAGAGAAUAUCAGACCUGAAGAUAAACGAAACGAGAGAGGGGACCAGACUAUGAGAGGGAAGAGGGCUGAGCAUGGCAAGCCCAGGGAGCUGAAAAAGGCUGAGACGUGAGGAUGGACAGCCAGAGGGGAGAGCUCGGGAAGCAGAGAAAACCACUGCAAGCCACCGCCAAGAGACCCGGAGACGGUCAGAGACACACAGAACCGAGGGGACCCAGGAAAUCUACAAGGGUCCCAGGCUCAGUAUCAACAGCAUUCGAAGGCCUUUUCCUCUUCCUGCCUCCCCGGCAACAGGAGUUCCCUAUGAAGCCACUCUAGCGUCACCCAGCCCAGGUGUUCACCGGAACCUGAUGUGCAUAGGCUGCUCCUGUGGGAAACCACUCCCGCCAGCUCACAGCUGCUUCAGCAGAAAUGCCCUUUCUGGCUCCAGUAACUCCCAGGGAUGGCCUGAGUUCCCCCUGAGACUGCAGAGAUCGAAUCUCGGAACUCUGUUCCGUGAUGACUGAAGGCAGAGCAGGCAUUCGGGCCUGAAAACCCAGGAUGGGCUGGUGUCUGUCCCAGAGAUCACUGCAGGAGUCGUGAGGGGCCCUGGGCACUUGCUCUGUCAUUGCCUGUGGUCAUCCUGGACCAUCGACGACAAGGGAGAUUGUCUCUUUGAAGGGAGAGUGGUUCCUCAUCGUAGGCCUCUCACCUGUGACUCGGAGACAGCACUGUGAUGAGCCACAGCAUGCCUCCUCCCAGAACGAAGGGGGGCGGGGAUCACCGAGGCCGACACUGGAAUCCCAGUGAGGAGGAGGCCCGCAAGAACUGGGACUGGAAUUGUCCAGAGACACGUCGCCUCUUCGAGGAAGCCUUUUUCCGUGAUGAGGAUUAUAUACGCCAGGGUUCUGAGGACUGCCAGAAGUUCUGGACCUUCUUCGAACGCUUGCAGAGAUUCCAGAGUCUCAAGGCCACCAGGAAGGGGGAGAAAGACCCCUCGCAUCCCAAGCCCAGUGUCCCAGCACUGGCUGACCUACCUCGCACGUACGACCCACGCUACCGCAUCAACCUCUCAAUCCUGGGCCCUGACACCCGGGGCUCUCGGGGGCUGGGCAGGCAGCCCCCAGAGAGAGUGUCUGAGUUCCGCCGAGCCCUGCUGCACUACCUGGACUUCGGCCAGAAGCAGGCAUUUGCGAGGUUGGCCAAACUGCAGCACGAGCGGGCAGCGCUUCCCAUCGCCCAGUACGGGAACCGCAUCCUGCAGACGCUGAAGGACCACCAGGUGGUGGUGGUGGCCGGGGACACGGGCUGUGGCAAGUCCACGCAGGUGCCCCAGUACCUGCUGGCGGCCGGCUUCAGUCACGUGGCAUGCACCCAGCCCCGGCGGAUCGCCUGCAUCUCCCUGGCCAAGCGUGUCAGCUUUGAGAGCCUCAGUCAGUAUGGCUCACAGGUUGGCUACCAGAUCCGCUUUGAGAGCACGCGGACAGCGGCCACCAAGAUCGUGUUCCUGACGGUGGGGCUGCUCCUGAGGCAGAUCCAGCGGGAGCCCAGCCUGCCCCAGUACCAGGUCCUGAUAGUGGACGAAGUCCACGAACGGCACCUCCACAACGACUUCCUCCUGGGCGUCCUCCGGCGCCUGCUGCCCGAGCGGCCGGACCUCAAGGUCAUCCUCAUGUCGGCCACCAUCAACAUCUCGCUCUUCUCCAGCUACUUCGGCCGUGCCCCCGUGGUGCAGGUGCCCGGGAGGCUGUUCCCCAUCACGGUCGUGUACCAGCCACAGGAAGCGGAGCCAGCAGCGUCCAAGUCCGAGAAGCUGGACCCUCGGCCUUUCCUCCGGGUGCUGGAGGCCAUUGACAAUAAGUACCCGCCCGAGGAGCGCGGCGACCUCCUGGUCUUCCUCAGCGGCAUGGCGGAGAUCAGCUCGGUCCUCGAGGCCGCCCAGGCCUACGCCGGCCGCACGCAGCGCUGGGUGGUGCUGCCGCUGCACAGCGCCCUCUCCGUGGCCGACCAGGACAAGGUAUUUGAUGUGGCCCCCCCUGGAGUUCGGAAAUGCAUCCUCUCCACCAACAUCGCCGAGACCUCCGUCACCAUUGAUGGGAUCCGCUUUGUAGUAGAUUCUGGGAAGGUGAAGGAGAUGGGCUACGACCCGCAGGCCAAGCUGCACCGGCUCCAGGAGUUCUGGAUCAGUCAGGCCAGCGCAGAGCAGCGGAAGGGCCGGGCCGGCCGCACGGGCCCUGGCGUCUGCUUCCGCCUCUACGCCGAAUCCGACUACGAUGCCUUCGCCCCCUACCCCGUGCCUGAGAUCCGGAGGGUAGCGCUGCACGCGCUCGUGCUGCAGAUGAAGAGCAUGACCGUGGGGGACCCGCGAACCUUCCCUUUCAUUGAGCCCCCGCCACCAGCCAGCCUGGAAACGGCCAUCCUCUACCUCCGGGACCAGGGGGCCCUGGACAGCUCCGAGGCCCUCACCCCCAUUGGGUCCCUGCUGGCCCAGCUGCCCGUGGAUGUGGUGAUUGGGAAGAUGCUGAUCCUGGGCUCCAUGUUCCACCUGGCGGAGCCCGUGCUCACCAUCGCGGCUGCCCUCAGCGUCCAGUCGCCCUUCACCCGCAGUGCCCAGAGCCACCCAGAGUGUGCGGCGGCACGGCGGCCCCUGGAGAGUGACCAGGGGGACCCCUUCACGCUCUUCAACAUCUUCAACGCCUGGGUGCAGGUGAAAUCCGAACGGAGCAGAAACUCACGCAAGUGGUGCCGCCACCGAGGCGUAGAGGAGCACCGGCUAUACGAGAUGGCCAACCUGCGGCGCCAGUUCAAGGAGCUGUUGGAGGACCACGGGCUGCUGGCCCGGGCGCAGGCCGCAAUGUCAGGCGACAGCUUCCGCCGGCUGCAGGAGCGCCGGGAGCGCAGGGCGUUGUACCGCCUGAAGCGGCAGCACGAGGAGAGCGGGGGGCGCCGGCGCAAGGUGCUGCGGCUGCGGGAGGACCUGGACGGUGGCUCCAGCAACGAGGACCAGGGGGCCGGUGACGGCGUGGACAUCCAGGACGUGAAGUUUCAGCUGCGACACAGCCUGGAUCAGCUGCAGGCGGCCACCGGCUCAGCCCAGGACCUGACGCGGGAGCAGAUGGCCCUGCUCAAGCUGGUGCUGGGCCGGGGCCUCUACCCGCAGCUCGCCGUCCCGGACCCGUUCAAUAGCAGCCGCAAGGACUCGGACCAGAUUUUCCACACGCAGUCCAAGCAGGGCACCGUGCUGCACCCCACCUGCAUCUUCGCCAGCAGCCCUGAGGUACUGCACACGCAGGAGCCGGAGGCCAGGGGUGGCGAAGUGAGCCGAGAUGACAAGGACAAGCUGAGCAGCCGACACCAGCUCCUCGCCUUCGUCUCCCUGCUGGAGACCAACAAGCCCUACCUGGUGAACUGCGUCCGCGUCCCCGCACUGCAGUCCCUCCUCCUGUUCAGCCGGUCCCUGGACACCAACGGUGACUGCUCGCGCCUGGUAGCUGACGGCUGGCUGGAGCUCCAGCUUGCGGACAGUGAGAGCGCUGUCCGGCUUCUGGCAGCUUCUGUGCGGCUCCGGGCCCACUGGGAGAGCAUCCUGGACCGGCAGCUGGCCCGUCAGGCCCAGCAGCGGCGGCCGGAGGCGGACCAGGAGGAGGCGGCGGGAGCUCCGGCGGACCGCAAGGAGGUGGCAGACCUGAGCAGGGACCUGCUGCAGUUUGUGGCGUCCAAGGUUCCCUAUAGCCUCCGGCGGCUCACGGGGCUGGAAGUCCAGAGCCUGUAUGUGGGACCCCAGACCAUCACCACAGCCCCCAGUCUCCCCGGCCUCUUCGGCAGUUCUCCCCUGUCCCCCCACCCCACCAAAGGGGGCUACGCGGUCACGGACUUUCUCACCUACAACUGCCUUGCGAGCGACACAGACCUGUACAGCGACUGUCUCCGCACCUUCUGGACCUGCCCCCACUGUGGCCUGCACAUGCCCUUGACGCCCUUGGAGCGCAUUGCCCACGAGAACACAUGCCCCGAGGCCCCGCAGGACAGCCCCCCAGGGGCUGAGGAAGCCGCCCCCGAGCCCCUCCAGAAGACAUCUGCCCUGCAGAGGCCCUACCACUGCGAGGCCUGCCAGAAGGACUUUCUGUUCACACCCACAGAGGUGCUGAGACACCGGAGGCAGCACAUGUGAGCCGGGCCGGGAGCCCUGCCUGUCAGCCCGCCCAGGACCAGGACUCCUGCCCGACCCCGCAGCCUGGAUGCAGCCCAGCGUGGGGGGCGUGUGAAUCUGUGAAUAAAGUCUCUUACGUGCACUCUGA